GACGGUGUUAUCUUACCGCCGGAGCCGGAGUUUCCCACUCUAUUGUAAUAACAGAUAUUUCGACCGGAGUUUCUAAGUGAAUCCAAAUUUGUUGUUCUUCGUUGCGGCUCCAUCUCUCGCUGUGUAUUUAUAGUCAGGUCUUUUGAGUUAUCCCAUUUUGCGCGAUCCCGUCUUCACCGUUUCCAUCUUCCAGCGAGCACAUCUCUGUUGAUCGAUAAUUUUGUACCUAGUUCAGUUGUAGGAAAGAUGAACAAGCUGUUGGAAUAUGGGAGAAAAGCUAUGUUCUAUGUGAGAGUUCUCUCCGGCUAUGAAGAAAGGAGAAUCCGGAGUUACAGGUUGCAACUCGAAAAGCGUAUCCAGCAGGCUAACCAAAGGAAAGUAGAGAUAAACAGACUUCCAGAGCAGAUUGUAUUAUCUGAAGUCCGCCGUAUGGUUGAGGAGAUGCAGAAUUUGAAUAAGCAGAUUGAGAAUACGGAGGCUCAAAUUGAAGACUACUUCAAACCGAUAGACAAGCAUGCUAGUACCAUAAUGGAAAUUCAGCUCGAAGGAGAGAAGAAAACGAUGGGGACAAUGAUGAACGCAACACAACAGGAAGCUAUACGAAAGAUUGAAGAAGCUGAGAAACUCGCUCGGGCACGUGGAAAUGCAAAUGUGACUACAGAUGCAAACAUGGGAGAUAAGAUCCAGGAUUCAGAGUCCUCAGCCAACGAAAAAUCUCAAGCAAAAUGAAGUCAGAUCUUGUCUUCAUGUUGACACAGAAUAGAUUCAGCGUCUCUGAAUACAUCCUCUUAGUUGAUUAAACUGAGAUUGUAGCCUCGCAUUUGCUGAGGUUUUAAUAAUUUUGAAAUUUGGUCAACUGAAUAGAAUCAAAACCGAGAUUGUGUUCUGUCUAGCGUACAAGAAAUUAUAGAGGUGACCCUGGUUGGACCAUCCCCAACGACCACGUUUUGUCAAUAUAUGUUGUUUCAAACUUAACUUCGCCUAAUAAAGUAUAUUGUGAUUUACAAUGGAUCGGUCUUACAGCUUAAAGGUUUCAACUUUCAACUUCGUGGGUACCAACACCAAGUAC